AUGUUAAGAGAUGAAGUAAGAACAGGAACGUACAGGAAUGCAAUCCUACAAAAUACCAAUCUAUUUCGAGACAAGAUCGUUGGAUGUGGAACAGGUAUUUUGUGCAUGUUUGCUGCUGAGGCUGGAGCAUCAAAAGUUAUUGGUAUCGACUGUGCACACAUAAUAGACCGCACUAGGAACAUAGUUAGCAAAAAUGGCUUUGCAGAUGUCAUAACUCUGAUUAAAUGCAAGGUAGAAGAUGCAAAGUUGCCUGGUGGGAUCGAUAAAGUAGAUAUCAUUAUCAGCGAAUGGAUGGGAUACUGUUUACUAUUUGAAACAUUUAUAAAUUCUAUAUUAUUUGCUAGAGACAAGUGGUUGAAGAAGGAAUGUGGUUUAAUAUUUCCAGACAAAUUCUGGCUUUACCUUACUGCUUUUGAAGACAAACGUUUUAUACAAGACAAAGAAUCUUCUAUAACUAUACAGUAUAUCUUUUAUUUGGUUUGGGAUAAUGUGCAAGGUUACGAUAUGAGUAGUAUUAUACGACAUCAGGACUUUGACAGGAUGUUCGUCGAUGUAAUUAAUGCUGCUAAAGUGGUGUCAAAUAGUUCUCUGAUCAAGCGAGACCUAGAUGUGGAGGUCAAAGUUAGAAAGGAUACAGACAGUGAAUUGCUCCUUAAAAAAGAUUUUGCUUUUUUACCAUCAUAA